AUGAAUAUCGGGGGGAAUAACAUUCCCCAGGGGCCCGUAACCAGCCGGACAAAGGUUUCUGCGACAACAAAAGGACAAACCCGAGGCCGGGCAUCUGAGGACAUCCUCGCAUUCAGCGAAGAAGACUUCAAGACUUUGUCUCGUCCACACAACGAUGCGCUGCUAAUCUUGUUUCUCUUAAAUAACAUCCAAAUUAAACGUGUACACGUGGAUCCAGGUAUCUUGGCCAACGUAGUUAGAUCAACGGUGGUAGAACAGCUCGAAUUGCUCGAUCGGGUCAUACCUACCUCCCGAAUCCUCAACGGCUUCAAUAUGGCCGACGAAGAAACAGAAGGAGAAAUCACCCUCCCGGUUAACGUAUCCGAUGUAGUUCAAGAUACUAGGAUCCAUAUAAUUAAAGGUGACACAAGGUACAAUUCCUUGCUCGGUAGACCAUGGAUACACAACAUGAAGGCGGUACCAUCGACCAUGCAUCAUAUGAUAAAGUUUCCAACAAAGGACAGAAUAAAGACAAUAUACGGAGAGCUACAUGCAAUAAAGGAAACGUUCGCGGUCCGUAAAGAGGUACCAAAUUCUGUACACUCCUCCUCAGAAGAGUCGGAAAGCCAACCAAACCCCAAGGAUGAUGAAGAGGAUUUCCUCGCCCCAGAACCUUCAUUGCCCCAGAAGAGUUGGAUGCAACGAAGUCGACUAUCGAAGAGCUGGAGCAAGCCGUAUUGGUCGAGCAUCUCCUAG